AUGCAAGAUCACGUUAGGAUUGCCCAAUUAAAUGUGAAUCACUGUUCGGCUGCCCAGAGCCUUCUGCAACAGACCGAACGGGAACGGAAGAUUGAUAUUAUGUUGCUCAGUGAACCCUAUAUCUCGAGUGUAGGGAAUGCAGGGGUGAUCCUAGACAGUUUGGGAAAGGCAGCAAUCCAAUGCUGCACAGGAACUCAGAUUGAAGAAGUACAGACCCCUCCUGUGCACACGGCUACGCUUUGGCAGCCGGCACAUACAACCCCCGAGGCGACGUUUUCCAGGAUCACCCCUGAGGAAAUAGUGCAAGCCGCCAGGAGGAUAAGGCCUAGUAAGGCUCCUGGGCUGGAUGGAAUACCGGGUGUAGUUGUAAAGGCCAUAGCAGAUGCUAAGCCUGAAAUAUUCAGCAGAAAAGGUAACAGCACAGAUGCCAGUGGGUACCACCCUCUAUGCCUGCUGGACAUCGUUGGUAAGCUGUUCGAACGAGUUUUGUAUCGCCGUAUUGAAGAAAUAACUGAAGGACCCAGUGGACUAUCGAACCAACAGUACGGGUUCCGAAAGGAUCGAACCGGACAAAGAUGGCUAGGAGGAGCCAAGGAAUACUGUGCCAUAAUCACUCUAGACGUGAAGAAUGCCUUCAACACGGCUAAGUGGAUCAGCAUCCUUAGCGCUAUGCACAAUAUGGGAAUCCCUACAUAUCUCAAGAAUAUUGUUGGUAGCUAUUUUAGAGAGCGGAUACUUUGGUACGACACAACUGAAGCCCCAGAAAGUACCGAGUCUCGUCGGGAGUUCCACAAGAAAGCCAGGCAACGCGGAGCUAUACUGCUUCGCGGCCGACGUAGCAAUUACAGCUGUAGCAAAACUCUGACGGAACUCCAAGCCGUCUGUAACGUUACAAUCAGUGCAGCCACUGGUUGGCUAGAAAGUGUAGGGUUAAAGAUAGCAGCGCACAAGACAGAAGUAGUACUGCUCAGCAGUAGAAAAGCUGUAGAGACACUGCAGAUCACGAUAUUUGUGAAUAUCAGCACGGAUUUUAGAGAAUUUAUCAGCACGCUGGAGUCGAGCAGUUCCUUCACUUAA